CGUAGAUGCGUGACGUAGAAUGUCCAGUGUUGAGCUAGCCAAGAAACAACAUGGCGGCUGACGAGGACUCGGAAGAUUAUUUUGUUAGAAAAAUAGAGAAAAAUGACGGGUCUGUUUUAAGAAUGUAUCAGUGCAGCAAAGGGGACGUGGGCUGUGUAGUAUGGGACGCUGCUAUAGUCCUGUCAAAGUACCUCGAAACGGAACAGUUUUGCAGUGUUCAGUCUGGAGUCAGUACGUGGUCCUGUAAGAACAUUAUUGAAGUGGGCGCAGGAACAGGACUCGUGGGUCUCGUGGCCGCGACUCUGGGGGCAAAUGUCACAGUGACAGAUCUGGAAGACCUGCAGCCUCUCCUUCAACUAAACAUCAAGAAAAAUCAGCAUCUCAUCCGUACAGGCUCAAUCACAGCCAAGGUACUGAAAUGGGGAGGAAAUGUGGAAGAAUUUCUCCCUCAUCCUCAUUAUAUUCUGAUGGCCGAUUGUAUCUACUAUGAGCAGUCUGUGGAGCCACUGGUGGAGACUCUGAAACUCUUGGCUGGACCAGAGACGUGUAUCAUCUGUUGCUAUGAGCAACGCACGGUUGGCAUAAAUCCUGAAAUUGAAAAGAGAUUCUUUGAGCUACUUCUGCAAGAAUUUCAGUCAGAGGAGAUCCCACCUGAGAAACAAGACCCCGAGUUCAACAGUCCUGACAUUCGCAUUCUCCACCUGCGACGAAGAGUCGACUGAAUGGCUUUAUUUGCUCCUCUGUUUGAAAUGAAGAGGAUGGGUUGGGUGUGUUUGUGUUUCAGUGGACUGUGGUGUUGUUGGUCAGAUGUUUGACACCGAACCAUAUGAAUACAAACUGUUUUUAAGUGCUUAUCAUGUGGUAUGGGAGGCCGGCCUUAAUGUGAGCUUAUGUGUCUUUGCAGACAAACAGAGUUUAAGUGAAUGGUUCUGUGUGUGUUAAACUGGCAACAAUAAAUCUCAAAUGUGUUUUUAA